UUUUGUACAGCAGAAACUGCAGUAAAGAAUAAAACAUUGGUGAAGAUUCAGUUUCACUAAAUUAUAGGAGGCGUUGGAACAUACAAACCAAAAGAACGUGAACUUUCUGGUUUGUCAACAGAGCAACAAGUGAAUUGCAGCCAGUCCUGGAGCAGAGACUUUACAAAUCCAGUCCGUGGGCAGAUGUGAGCCAUUGGAUUGCAAGUCGGAGCCGGAGCAGCAGCUUGGAGCAGCAAGCACGUUGAUUAAUUAUAGCAAGUGAACUUCAGGAAGUCCUUACGAGGCCAGAAUCGUUGGAAGAAGAUGAGUGUCACUGUGGUUGACUUUGGCUCAUUUGCCUUGGGUCAAGCUGUACCUUCAGCCCAUGAAAUGAAACGAUUAUCCACAGAGAUCGGACGGGCAUUCAGUCAACUUGGAUUUGUGUACCUCAAAAACACCGGCAUCAAAGAUGAGCAAGUGUUUGAAGCAAUGGACAUCUGCAGGAAGUUCUUUCUACUUCCCAAGGCCAUUAAACAGCAAUAUGCUCGUUCCAAGGACUCAGAUAUUCCAUGCCAUGGCUGGAUAGAUUUUCAGACUGAGAGCUUAAACCCAACGGAACUGAAUGACCUGAAAGAAGCCUUUAAUGUGACAUCGUUGUCUUCCACUGACGUAAGAUCUCAGAAUUCACAUUGAGAUUGGUUUGCAAUCCAUGUCAUUGUCCACAUGCCAGGAACGAGGCAUUCUGGCUGUUGUGCCACUGGGGAAAUGUUACUCACAAACACAGAACAUAGAGCAUAGAACAGCACCGCAGAGGAACAGACCCUUCAGCCCACACUGUCCAUGCUGAAAAUGAUGCUGUUAAAUAAAUCUCCUCUGCCUGCACGUGAUCCAUAUCUCUCCGUUCCCUGCAUAUCCAUGUAGCUAUCCAAAAUUCAUUUAAAUGCCACUGUCGAAUCUGCCUCCACCAUCAUCCCUGACAGUGCGGAGUCUGUGUGGAGUUUGCACGUUCUCUCUGCUAUUAUUCGGGUGCUCAGUUUCUUCCCACAUCCUAAAAACAUGUGGGUUUGUUGGUUAAUUGGCCCUCUGUAAAUUUCCCAUAGCGUGUAACGAGUAGGUGAGAAUUUGGGGUAACAUAGUCAAGUCAAUUUUAUUUCUAAAGCACAUUUAAAAACAACUCUCGUUGACCAAAGUGCUUUACAUUAGUGCAGGUACUAACAUGCUACAAACAGUGGUACAUAGAUCAACAAUACAUACCUAAAUACAUACAUACAGCGCUCCCUCAGAGGACCUCAAGAAAUGCUUGUGAGUAAAAAUAGGUUUUAAGUCUAGACUUAAAGGAGUUGAUGGAGGGGGAAGUUCUGAUGGGAAGAGGGAUGCUGUUCCACAGUCUAAGUGCUGCAACCGCAAAAGCGCGGUCGCCCGAGCUUAUACCGGGAUAGUCAGUAGCCCCAAGUCGGCCGACCUGAGGGACCUGGAGGUAGAAUGAUGGUUAGCAGAUUUUUGAUGUAGGUGGGGUCAAGCCCAUUAAGGGCUUUGUAUACAUAUAGGAGCUUGAAAUUGAUUCUGUACCGUACUGGGAGCCAGUGGAGAGAGGCCAGAAUCGGGAUGAUGUGGCCCCUUUUACAGGUACCCGUCAGAAGUCUCGCUGCGGCGUUUUUGACCAAUUGCAGGCAGGACAGGGGUGAUUGGUGAGACCAAAUCUGGAGUAUGGUGUACAAUUUUUGGUCGCCCAAUUAUAGGAAGGAUGUCAACAAAAUAGAGAGAGUACAGAGGAGAUUUACCAGAAUGUUGCCUGGGUUUCAACAACUAAGUUACAGAGAAAGGUUGAAUAAGUUAGGUCUUUAUUCUCAGGAGUGCAGAAGGUUAAGGGGGGACCUGAUAGAGGUCUUUAAAAUGAGGAGAGGGAUAGACAGGGUGGAUGUGGACAAGCGUUUCCCUUUGAGAAUAGGGAAGAUUCAAAAAAAGAGGACAUGACUUCAGAAUUAAGGGACAGAAGUUUAGGGGUAACAUGAGGGGGAACUUCUUUACUCAGAGAGUGGUAGCGGUGUGGAAUGUGCUUCCAGUGGAAGUGGUGGAGGCAGGUUCGUUGGUAUCAUUUAAAAAUAAAUUGGAUAGACAUAUGGAUGAGAAGGGAAUGGAGGGUUAUGGUAUGAGUG